UAGCUGAGUCGUUUUCUGAGAAGAGACCAUAUUUGUUCGCAGAGGAAGUCGUUGCUUUCUGGGAUCUGGCUACGGCAGAAAAGACAUCGGCUCCAACAAGGGUGUUCCACAGGGUAGCAGGGAGUUGGAAGAGCCAAGAACGCCUCCGAGCUCUGGAUUUGAGCUUCUCGGCCCAUGGGUGCAGCGCUCAUGCUCAGCUUGUGAGCUUCCUCCUGGGAGAGCAGCCAUGGCACUGAGGAAUGUACCCUUUCGCUCAGAGGUCCUGGGCUGGGACCCUGACAGCCUUGCUGACUAUUUCAAGAAGCUCAACUAUAAGGACUGUGAGAAGGCAGUGAAGAAGUACCACAUCGAUGGGGCUCGCUUCUUGAACCUGACAGAAAAUGACAUCCAGAAGUUCCCCAAGCUCCGGGUGCCGAUUCUCAGUAAGUUAAGUCAAGAAAUCAACAAGAACGAAGAGAGGAGGAGCAUCUUCACACGCAAACCCCAAGUCCAGCGGUUUCCUGAAGAGACAGAAAGCCACGAAGAGGACAAUGGGGGCUGGUCGUCCUUUGAAGAAGACGACUAUGAAAGUCCCAAUGAUGACCAGGAUGGGGAGGAUGACGGAGACUAUGAGUCCCCCAAUGAGGAGGAAGAGGCACCCGUGGAAGACGACGCCGACUAUGAGCCGCCACCCUCCAAUGACGAGGAGGCUCUGCAGAACUCCAUCCUGCCUGCCAAGCCGUUUCCCAACUCCAACUCCAUGUACAUCGACCGGCCCCCCUCUGGGAAAACCCCCCAGCAGCCUCCUGUGCCCCCCCAGAGACCGAUGGCCGCCCUCCCGGCCCCGCCCGCCGGCCGGAACCACUCGCCACUACCACCACCCCAGACCAACCACGAAGAACCCAGCAGAAGCAGAAACCACAAAACGGCAAAGCUCCCUGCUCCUUCAAUAGACAGAAGCACCAAACCUCCCUUAGAUCGUUCAUUAGCUCCGUUUGACAGAGAACCCUUCACACUAGGAAAGAAACCACCGUUUUCUGACAAGCCCUCAAUUCCAGCGGGAAGGCCUCUCGGGGAGCAUUUACCCAAGGUUCAAAAGCCUCCUUUACCACCGACCACAGAAAGACAUGAAAGAAGCAGCCCCCUACCGGGGAAGAAGCCACCUGUGCCAAAGCAUGGAUGGGGAGCAGACAGAAGAGAGAAUGAUGAAGAUGAUGUGCAUCAGAGGCCUUUGCCCCAGCCAGCACUACUUCCUAUGAGCUCCAACACUUUCCCUUCGAGAUCUGCUAAGCCGAGCCCCAUGAACUCUCUCCCGUCCUCUCACAUGCAUGGAGCAUUCUCAGAAAGUAACAGCAGUUUUCCACAGAGUGCCUCCCUGCCACCAUACUUCUCUCAAGGCCCUAGCAACAGACCACCUAUCAGAGCCGAAGGCAGAAACUUCCCCUUGCCACUUCCAAACAAACGUCGGCCCCCAUCCCCCGCGGAAGAAGAGAAUUCAUUAAAUGAAGAGUGGUACGUUUCUUAUAUUACCCGACCAGAGGCAGAAGCUGCUCUUAGAAAGAUAAACCAGGAUGGCACAUUUCUGGUUAGAGACAGCUCUAAAAAAACAAUAACCAAUCCAUAUGUCCUCAUGGUGUUGUACAAAGAUAAAGUUUACAACAUCCAGAUCCGUUAUCAGAAGGAAAGUCAAGUUUACUUGUUGGGAACUGGACUCCGAGGGAAAGAGGACUUUCUGUCUGUGUCAGAUAUUAUUGACUACUUCAGGAAAAUGCCACUUCUGCUCAUUGAUGGGAAAAACCGAGGUUCCAGAUACCAGUGCACAUUAACGCAUGCAGCAGGGUACCCAUAGCAAGUUAUAGCCGAGCAAAUGAACCAUCCUCCUGCCUCUGUUGCCAACACGAGAUCAACCAGCCUUGGUCAACGGACAAACACUUAGGACUGAACUGAACCCCUCCCCAUGAACACAAGGGUUUUAUCCUUCCCUUUAAAAACAGUGUUUGAAAUGAAGACUGUCAAAUAUCCCAUAAUUUAUUUAUUCUUCUUCAAUGUUUGUAAAGUGCAUAAGUCAUGUUCACACUUGAAGUCUAGUAGUGCACUGUAAUAAUUCAUUUUUUAAAAGUUUUUUUAAUGCCCAUUUCAAAAUACAAUAGUUUACACAGCUACAGAAACAAUUUGGGGCAAGUUUUAAAACACUGAAACAGUAAUAGUUAUUGGUAUCACAUAAAACUGAUUUUCUUACAGCCAAACCUCUGUCAGUCAGAGGCAUUCAUUAGUUUUAUACAUGUAAUUUGAAAAUUACUAAACCUCAUUUUCUCAGCAGCAAUAAUUUAAGAGGCUUCAAAAAUAUAAUUUCACUCUUACUUAUUUGGUAUUUUUUUCCUGGGGGGAUUUUUAUGUAAUUUUUUUUAUGAAAAGAUAAAUGCAUGUUGAGAUAACUUCUGGGAUUAAAAUAGUCUUUUGCUUUACUUUUUUGGUUUCCUAAAACAACUUUAUUGACUUUUAGUCCAUACUGUUAUAUUUUCAUCUUAAAGAAAAUUUAAACUACAAAUACCAAAACAUUUUAAAUUUAGGGAUGAGACUUUGGUGUAUCGUGGGUCUAUGUUUAAUGAAUACAUCUGGGGUUAAAUUGGCGUUUCUUCACAUCUCCACACCCACACUAACCAUUACACCUCCCCACCAACCUUCUCUCAACCCCAAAAGCAUUGUCCAGGGACAUAGAUUUUACCAAAGGCUCCCUGGGAGGAUGAGGGAGCAACACUUUAGAUAAAUUUGAUCAGACUUUCUUAUUAGGUAUGGCUCUUCUAUCUCUUGUUAUCCCCCUGACAGCUCUGCCAUAAAGUCCCUUCUCCUCAUCCUUCCCAAACAGGUUGUAUAAGUGCUUUGAAGUAACUAAACUCUUUCCUUCAGUUUACAAACCUCACUUAACAAAAAAUAUAGGCAUUCAGCCAGAUUAAAAAACUGGUAUUCAGUCAAAUAGUGA